AAAGGAAGAAGACUUCUGCUUACCUGUCCGUUGUAGUCACUGCUGAAUUCAUGAGAAUUGGUUAUUUGUUAGUCAGACCCCUGUCCUGACAGGAGGGAGUAUCUUGAGUUGUUGUAGUAUUUGGUUAGGCAUGGACAGCGAGGGUAGAAAAGUGGUGGUCUGUGACAAUGGGACAGGGUUUGUCAAGUGUGGCUUUGCUGGAUCCAACUUCCCUGAUCACAUCUUCCCCGCCAUGGUGGGUCGACCAAUCAUAAGAUCGAACACCAAAGUGGGCAACAUUGAGAUAAAGGACCUGAUGGUGGGUGACGAGGCCAGCGAAUGUCGCUCCAUGCUGGAGGUGUCCUACCCCAUGGAGAACGGCAUGGUGCGCAGCUGGGAGGACAUGCUCCACCUGUGGGACUACACCUUCGGGCCAGAGCGCCUGAACAUCGACCCAUCAGAGUGCAAGAUCCUCCUGACUGAGCCGCCCAUGAACCCCACCAAGAACAGGGAGAAGAUCGCAGAGGUCAUGUUUGAGAAGUACCAGUUCCACGGCAUUUACGUGGCAAUUCAGGCUGUGCUCACUCUGUAUGCUCAGGGUUUGCUGACCGGCGUGGUCGUCGACUCUGGGGAUGGUGUCACCCACAUCUGUCCGGUGUAUGAGGGCUUUUCUUUACCCCACCUCACACGCAGGCUGGACAUUGCAGGACGUGACAUCACACGCUACCUCAUUAAGCUCCUGCUUCUCCGCGGUUACGCCUUCAACCACACGGCCGACUUUGAGACUGUGCGUAUGUUGAAGGAGAAGCUCUGCUAUGUGGGAUACAACAUCGACCAGGAGCAGCGCCUGGCCACAGAGACCACCUACUUGGUGGAGUCGUUUACGCUCCCUGAUGGCCGGCAGGUGAAUGUGGGUGGAGAGAGGUUUGGGGCCCCUGAAGCUCUCUUCCAGCCCCAUCUCAUCAACGUGGAGGGAGCAGGAGUGGCUGAGCUGCUGUUUAACACCAUCCAGGCUGCAGACAUUGACCUCAGGGCAGACUUCUAUAAGCACAUUGUUCUGUCAGGAGGGACCACCAUGUACCCCGGACUUCCAUCCAGACUAGAACGGGAGAUCAAGCAGCUCUACCUGGAGAGGGUGCUGGACGGAGACACUAAGAAACUAUCAAAGUUUAAGAUCCGCAUCGAGGACCCUCCCAGGCGUAAACACAUGGUUUUCAUGGGCGGCGCGGUGCUGGCCAACAUCAUGAAAGACAAGGACUCCUUCUGGCUGAGCAGAGCAGAGUAUGAGGAAAAAGGCCUGGGAGUACUGCAAAAGCUGGGAGGUGAAAUCAGAUAAAAAUAAAAUGUAUAAAGGAAAACAACGUUACUCCAAACAUUUACAUUUUUAUAUCAACUUCUCACCUCUCAGACUGGCAUGGAUUAAAACAUAGCACUCCUUCAUUCCUGCUAUAGUGAUAGAACAUUAAUGGGCAUUUUCUUUCACUAUUUUCUGACACUUUAUAGACUAAACAAUUCAUUGCAAUAAUUGUUGGUUGUAGCCUUAAUCCCUGCUAAGGUGAAUUUUCAUAACAGAGAAACAAUAUCAGGACAGACAACACAAUAGAAGUCUCAGGUAUCCACUUGUUACAAAAACUGACAAUAAACUGAGCAGCACUUCAGGCUAAUGAACGAGCCGUGGAAAGAGAGGAGAGGCAUUUGAGGAAGAAAUGUAUUUUGCAUUAUUUUACCAUAAAUAUAUUUGGGCCACACUGAACCGAUACAGUAUAUAGAUACCUGAAACAUUCAUAGCCUCUUUUAUAUAUAUUUUACAUUGUCAUUUAAACUGGGUCUUGAUUCAAACUGAUGCAAAGCUCACAAGGUUCUAGUGUAACAUUUGGAUUAAACAUGUCAAGCCCAUAUUUAAACCCAUAUUGUGCCCUGGUUAUUUGUAAAGGCUACUGGUAAUUAUAAGAAAGUUAUGUUAAUAACUGACUGAUGUAGAAAAUGUGAAAUGUUUAAAAUGUUAAACCUGUCAAACAAGACUUCAGGAACAUUGUAGUUUUAUAUUUUUUGUCUAUCAAAAUCAUUCCUAAUAUUUCAUUUGUCAAAUGUAUGGGCAUUUUUCACUGUGUCAUCUUUCUAAGAUCUGUUUUAAAUCAAAAAUAUCAAAUCCUUUAAGACAUCAACAUUAGAAACCAUAAACACUGAAUAAACGACCCCUUUGAGGGUGCUGGUAGUUUAAAGUCAGGCGUUAAAUGGUGUAAUUUGCUGCCCUCUGGUGGUUAUAUUUGUUUAAGACAUCAAAUCACAACAUCCCACUACAACACAAAUCUGGAUGUAACAACACUGUGAACAGAUAUUGCAAUUUUUUAUUGCGAUACUGAGUUACCUGACAAAAUACAGUAAUGUGUUUUUACACUGAAAAGAAAUAGUGAGCUCUCACAAUGAACACAUGCUUCACGCACACACACACCACAUUCGCAGAACCUUCACGUUAAAUGAAAAAGCAUGCAAUAAUGUUCAAAGCACAUCAUAGUUCUCAAAAUGAACCUCCUCAGCUGAUUAAAAACUCCAGAUAUGUUGAAAAUCCAUACUUAGGUUUGAUAUCUACCCAACAAAUUGAACAAUUAAAAGUUAGUUUUAAAUACACAAUAUGAUAAUCGAUCAUGACACUGAGUUGAACAGUCAGUUGAUAGUGAUGACUUGCAGCAGGGGUCACCAGAAGCUGGUGACUUUUACAUUUACAUUCGACCAGUCACCGUGAGGUCCUGGUUUAUUGGUCUGACUGUCCUGUCAGUCCAGGUUGUAACGCAGUGGUAUUUUACAGUACGGCCAAGAGAAACAGUAGAACUCAAAAGCAGUGGAUUGAAACGUGAAAUGACUGCAGUUGUAAAAGGAUUAAACUUUGACACGCAAAAAAGAUUUUAAUACAUUCGCAAGUCAUUCAGUAAAUCUGUUGCAGGUUGUCUCGGUGUGUCGAUGUGAUGUGUUAGGGUUUUUUUUUCUCACAUGGUUUUAAAAACAGAGAGCUGAUGCUUUUCUAUCACUUCCCUCCUACUCGCUCAUUACUCCACCUGCCAAAAACACUUAAUAGAAUACACAAGCAAGGAGGAGAGUCUGCGCUUUUUCUCAAAAAGCAAAAAUAAAAAUUGUCUCUGUGGGUGAUUCUAAAAAUAAACAGCUGAUUUAAAGCUUC